GUUGGGUCCUGUUUGUGCCUACGAUCUUUGAGAACAUGGUGGUGUAUCAGCAGCCAGUCAAGACAGCAGGAUAACAACACAGCGGAGAUCACUAUUUACAAGAACUGGGAUUUUUUUUAGGUUUUUCAAAGGCAAUCAAUACAUGCAACCACAACUUCCGGGUCUCCUGGCACACCGCGAGAGAGAAGCCAAUCCGGAUUUUACCACUGCGGCUUGUUUUCGGGGGUGAAAGAAAAGACCCGAGGUGGAACCUCCACUGGAAUCGUAUCGCCUGCUAGCUCGCUGGCUAACGUGCACCUUUAGUGUUUGGAUUUGCACGAAAACGGGACUAUCUCGAGCUGGGAUCCGCAUGCACCACCUCGGCCACUUUGACAUCCCGUCCACUCGCAUGCAGUUAACGCCAUGUUGGCGUUUCGUCUCGCGGACAUAGCCGGUUUAGCUAGCUACCUCCGAGGUCCGACUCCGCGUCGCAUCUGAGAGCCGAACCCACGGCGCUUUCGGUCGGCCUGAGGACCAACGCGAUGCCGCGGCUUGCGAUCGGCCCGUCGAUAGAAGCUAACGCUAGCCGGGUAUAGGAGGCCGCUUCAGAGGCUCGUUUCUCACCCCAUUCAGUCCGCUAACUGGAUAACUCGCAGCCGAGAAGCACCUUUUUUUUUUUAAACUUUCAUUCGGCCCGGUGCUUUCAUUUUUAUUUUAUUUAAUUUUUAUUUUUUUACAAUCCCAACGGCGGAACUAGUUAACGCCGGCUAACUAAUCUGUUAAUUAGCCGGCUAACGUGAGUUCGUUAGCGAGUGACGCAAAGCCAACGGCUGCACACUUAACUACAGUUAACGGUUGCUUUACGUACGUUAUUUUACGUAUCAAGUACUUCGCAUUAGCGACACACGCACGCGCACGCACACACACACACACACAGUCGCUAUCCAGCCCACUUCGAGGGCUCGUGUUAAUAAACUAGGUGUGUUAAACACAGGCGCGUGCUUAACGUUAAAGACACGCGCAUGUGAACAAGUCCUGGCUGCGCGGAAGCUUAUUUCUUUUGUUUUGGUUUUUUUUAUUUAAAUAGAUCCAUAAUCGAUCACGCUGCUACCUGGACGUGUCUGCCUACAGUUAGCUUCACACUGGGGCUAACAUCAGCCAUUCAUUCAUGAUUCAUCACCUUUGAGUCAACCUACAGUCCUUUUUUUUUUUUAUUGUAUAUUUUUUAAAUUUUUUUAGAGCUUCUCAGUGUUGUUUUUAUUUUUUAUUAAAAUACUGCUGACACCUGAGUGGAAGCAGGGGGUUUGGGACGCGAACAUGAGGAGCAGGUAGCUCCAGAGAGCCUCCAUUGUGUUCACCUGAAGAGGAAAGAGAUGAGGACGAGGACGAUGAAGAUGAUGAUGGGGAUGAUGAUGAUGAUGAUGAUGAUGAUGAUGAUGAGAGAGGCCCAGUGACGGUGUUGAUCCCCGCAGCAGGAAGCAGAGGAGCGUCUCGAGGCUGCAGACAUGAGUCUGCGUCAACCCACCUCCACCCUGGACAGGCUCAGCAGUCUGACCAUCGGGGACUCGGAGCGCAAAUCCUCCGCCGCCCAGCAGAGGGAGCUGAUGGCGGACGUCUCUGCUGAGACUACCGGUCUCGUCCAGAGAUGUGUGGUCGUGCAGAAGGACCAGCUCGGCUUCGGCUUCACGGUGUGUGGAGAGAGAGUCAAGCUAGUGCAGAACGUCCGGCCGGGCGGAGCAGCAGUCAAAGCCGGAGUCCACGAAGGGGACCGGAUCAUCAAGGUGAACGGCUCGCUGGUGUCCUCCAUGUCCCAUCAGGAGGUUGUAAAGCUCAUCAAAUCGGGUCCGUACGCCGCUCUGACACUACAAGGUCCGCCCCCUUCCGCCGCCUCCUUGCCCUUAGAGCCCCUCCCCACUGACCUCGCGCCCAUUCAAAGAACGUCUCUGGGUGGGGAGGCUCCGCCCCCUCCACCACCACCUCUGCCCUCUGGACUGAGCAGCACCCCCUCCCAAAGAAUCACUGGACCCAAACCACUACAGGACCCAGAAGUACAGAAACAUGCCACUCAGAUACUCAGGAAGAUGCUGGAGCAGGAAGAGGCUGAACUGCAGGAGUUGAUGGAGGCGCAGCUGAGGAACCCGUCGCCGUCGCUGGGCGAGCGGAUUGAAAGCGCCCAGAGGAGAGCUCGCCAGGUCCGGGUCAAGAUCCAGCAAGAUCUGGAGGGAACGCGCUCUGAACUGUCCGUCGGCUACGUCCAAGCAGGAGAAGGUCGGCUGUCCAUGGACUCCAGCGAAGGAGACGUGGAGGCCCUUGAGAGCCCCCACUCCUCCCCCUCAUUCUCCUUCAGGACCCCACAACACCGACGGCAGAACGCCGACACACACGCCCUGUCUGACUCGGGCGGAAAGGCCCAGAUCAUUGGCCCCGAGGAAGAGGAUGAAGAAGAUGACGGCUAUGCGUUUAAUGAGAUGGACGGUCCGUUCCAGGACAUCGAGCUGCUGAAGUCGCGCCCGGCGCACAUGGCGGUGUUCAUGAGAUACGUGUUCACGCAGCUGCUGGACCCCAACCCUCUGCUGUUUUACCUGUCGGUGGAGGCCUACCUGGGCUCCAGCCCUAAAGACGCCCGCGCACUCGCGCCCCAGAUCUGCUCCCAUUUCCUGGACCCAGACGCGCCUCUAAAAAUCAAAGUACGAGAGGAGUAUCUCUCAGAUAUAGAGAGUCGCCUUCAUGCCCAGGAGGACAUCAGAGGACCUCUGUCUGAGCUGCAGCAGCAGGUGCUGCCGGACAUCUCCGACCAGAUCCAGGACUACAGGAACAAGCAGAUGAUGGGGCUCGGCUCUCUGUUCGGAGAGGGAGACCUGCUGCAGCUGGACGGAGACCCGGUGAAGGAGAGACAGGUGGUGGACAGACAGGUCACCGCCCUCUGGGAAAUACUAUCAAAGCACGAAGAGGACCGGAGUUCUCCUCUGGCGUCGGCCGUGCACCUGUACCUGCGUCAUUCGGGCAUCAAGCUAAGAGACUCCAAGGUGUUCCCCGGUCUGAGCAGCGAGAAGGAGAAGUGGCUCGCCUUCCUGAAGACCAAGAAGCUGAGCGGCACCAAGAGAGACAAAGAUGGGGAGGACAAAAGGAGAAAUCCCAUCCUGAAGUACAUCGGCAAACCCCGGACCUCGUCCCAGUCCACGUUCCAUGUCCCCUUGUCACCCACCGAAGCGCCCGUGUCUGCAGUCCGGCCCGGCAGCGUGAGGAACAUCAUCCAGCAGUUUGAGAACCACACGGAGACGCCAGAGGACGGAGACGCCGCCGCCCCUCAGCGGCUCUCCUCCAGCAGCCUGGGGGAGGACGGCAUGGACAGCCCGGCGGUCUCGGUGCGUCUGGCACGCAGCGAGUCUCUGAAGGCUCAGGGAGAAGGCCGGCGGCGAGGCGUCGUCUCGGGGGCGGAGUCUGUCCCUCGCUCCCGCAGCGACGUGGACAUGGAGGACUGCGGGGAGGAGGGGGGGGAGGGGCCGGGCCUCCGGCUGCUGCAGCACAGCGCGUCGUCGUCCGCCUCCGGCAGCUCGGCGCGGUCUCUAGAGAACCCUACACCCCCAUACACCCCUCGGUCUAGACGCAGGAGCGUGGACUCGCCGCUGGCCCUGCUGCCGGACGCCGCGGCGCUGGAGGAGGAGGCGUCCGACGGUCAGAACUGGCAGGACACGGUUCCCCCUCAGCUUCUCGCCACGCUCAGUCCGAGGGAGGUGGACCGGCAGGCCGUCAUCUACGAGCUGUUCACCACCGAGGCGUCCCACCUGCGCACCUUGAAGGUCCUGGACCAGGUCUUUUUCCAGAAGAUGAGGUCUGUGCUGAACUCUGAUGAGCUGGCCUGCAUCUUCCCCAACUUGCCCCAGGUCUAUGAGCUCCACGCGAGCCUGUGCGAGGCGAUGAAGAAGCGACGGGAAGCUGCCAUCGUUCAGGACAUCGGGGACGUCAUGCUGGCCAGAUUUGAAGACGCAGCCGGAGACGAGUUUCAGGAACAAGCGUCGCAGCUGUGCAGCCAGCAGUCUCAGGCUCUGGAGCUCAUCAAGAACAAGCAGCGCAAAGACCCACGCUUCGCUCACAUCAUCCAGGAGUGCGAGGCGAGUCCUCACUGUCGGAGGCUGCAGCUCAAAGACCUGCUGGUGUCGGAGAUGCAGCGGCUCACCAAGUACCCGCUGCUGCUGGACAACAUCAUGAAGCACACGGAGGCCGGCUCGUCGGACCUCCCGUCGCUUCAGCGCGCCCAGGCUUGUUGCCGAGGGAUACUGCAGGCUGUAAACGAGGUCGUCAGGGAAACGGAACACCGGCAACGCCUCGGCCAAUACCAACGCAGGCUGGACGCCGCCCCUCUGUUCAAGAGUCUGGACCUCAGCACCAAGAGGAUGAUCCACGAAGGUCCUCUCACGUGGAAAGUCAGCAAAGACAAGCAGAUGGAGAUUCAAGCGCUGCUGCUGUCGGACUGCCUGGUCCUCCUCCAGAGGGGCCCGGACGACCGGCUGCAGCUCAGGUAUCCGUCCCGCUGGCUGGGCGGAGGCGGCGGAGGCAGCGGGGACAGCAAGACCUCCUUCAGCCCUCUGGUGAAGCUGGACUCUCUGCUGGUCCGCUCGGUAGCUACAGACAACAAAGCCCUCUACGUCAUCAGCACCACGGAGAGGCAGAUCUACGAGCUGGUGGCUGGGACGUCGUCGGAGAAGAACACCUGGAAGGAUCUACUGGAAAGGACCAUCUCGUCGGCCGGCGGUUCGUCGCCCCUCAUCAGCCACGGGUCCAUACCGAUAUCCUCCCCGAGUCUACGCAGCGCGUCCCCCGUGUCGACUGGCAGCAACGUCUACGCAGAUAACUCCCUAACGGAGCAGUCGGAUUCCACGGAGACUCAUUCCUCCAGCGACGACAUGGCGCUCUCGACGGAUGCGGCCACGGACCAAUCGGAAGCCUUCGCCCAAGGAAAAGCAGCCGGUGUGGCAGACGCCGCUUUGCAAGACGUCGAAACGCUGAGGCAGCUCAUACUGCGAGACCUGGAAGAGGACGGCUGGAGCCACGACUCGGAUGACACGCCCACCAACCAGGCGGCCGAAAGACGGCGGCCGGAGUCUCCGGAGGCCGUCCUCAACUUCAGCGCCGACGAAUGGGAGGCGGAGCCCGACGUAGAGGAUCCGCCCCCCGACGCAGAGCCGUCCAGCAGCGUUCAGAUCGUACGGAAAGCUGUGGUUGCGGGUCCUCCUCCUCCUCCUCCUCCUCCUUCUUCUUCUUCCGUUCCUGAUGACAUCACCGCUGAUGUCACCCUCCCCUCCGACCAAUCGUCCGAGCCGAGAGGCGAUGCCACCGCGCAGGGGAACACGUUCUACCUGGUCAUGCCGACGGAGCCGGGAGAGAGCGUCACCGACGACCUCGGCGACCCCGCCGCCGCCGGCCGCCUCCCUCAGCCUCCGGAGGAAGCGGCGUCGACGCAGCCGGAGGAGGAGGAGGCGCCGGAAGCCGACCAAUCGGAACGGGGAGAGGAGGCGGGCCAAUCGCAGGCCGGGCGCCAGAGUCACGUGAUCAAAAACGUGGAUGAGAUUUUCCACACGAUUGAGGGGUUGAUGAGCAAGUUGCGCCACCUGAAGGAAAUCGAGACAUCCCAUCAACAGCUGUUAAAGACCCUCAGGGAGCCCUUUGUCGGCCCGGAGUCGGAGGACCAACGCUGUUGCUCGGCAACCGUCUCCAGAACGCCAAGUCUGGACCGUGGCUCGGGAGACGGCAAAGAGGGAAGUCCAGCCGAGCCCAAGAUUCAGUCGACAGGUUUCUGAUGUCGCCGCAGAGAGGACGCACUCGCAUGUACCCACUGUCGGACUUGGGGCGGGGGGGGGGGGGGCCCCCCCCCCCCCCCCCCCCC